UAAUGAUAAUAUAAAGCAUGCAUUUUAGAUCAAAUGCGAUGUAUAUAUAUUUAACAACAUCGCGGCAAAACGAAAUUCACCCGGAAGUUAUUGUAAACAAACAUUGUGAUUGGUUCUGUGCCGCUGGCGGAACUCUGUCGUCAUGUUUGUAUUGUAGAUCUAUGGCUAACGUUACACAUGAGCUCAUGUAAAUGCACCAGUUGCUACUCAGGUUGUUCAUAUUUCUCUGUAAUCAUGAACAGGGCACAGCUGAAGCGGUCCAGUAUCUUGAGGAUGGCUCUGAGUGGCUCGGGGACUGUGGACCAGGACGGACAUGGAGAGACUUUCAUACUCCGAGCUGUUAGAAUCGCAGCUGUGGUUGCAUUGUACUGGUUUGUUUCUAUAACAAUGGUAUUCCUAAAUAAUUAUCUGCUGGACAACCGAGACUUGGAUGCGCCGUUGUUCGUCACCUUUUAUCAGUGUGUGGUGACUGUUGGACUCUGCUGGCUCAUGCAGCUGCUGUCCAAAGUGUGCCCGGGACUCAUCGACUUCCCGUCGGUCAGAUUCAAUGUAAAGACGUCUCGGGAGGUCCUGCCGCUGUCCAUUGUGUUCAUUGGCAUGAUCACAUUCAACAACCUGUGCCUGAAAUAUGUCGGAGUGGCUUUCUACACGGUCGGUCGUUCACUCAGCACAGUUUUCAAUGUGCUGCUGUCGUACGUUAUCCUGAAACAAACCACAUCAUUCCAAGCCUUACUGUGCUGUGGGACCAUUCUAGGUGGAUUCUGGCUUGGUGUGGACCAGGAAGGCAUUGCAGGUUCCCUCUCCUGGUCAGGCGUCUUUUUUGGGGUGCUCGCCAGCGCUUUCGUCUCUCUGAAUGCCAUCUACACCAAGAAGGUGAUGCCAGCAGUGGACGGAAACAUCUGGAAACUGUCCUACUACAACAACAUUAAUGCCUGCGUCCUCUUCCUUCCGCUCAUUCUUGUGUUUGGAGAGUUGGGGCGUCUCACCAGCUUCAGCCGUCUCAGCGACCUCGGGUUUUGGGGCAUGAUGACACUCGGAGGAGUAUUUGGUUUCGCCAUUGGCUACGUAGCAGGCCUCCAGAUCAAGUAUACCAGUCCACUCACACACAAUGUCUCAGGGACAGCAAAGGCAUGUGCGCAGACUGUUAUUGCAGUGGUGUACAACUCUUCCAGUAAAAGCUUGCUGUGGUGGACCAGUAACAUGAUGGUGCUGUGUGGCUCAUCAGCCUACACUUGGGUCAAAAGUCUAGAAAUGAAGAAGGUUCCCUACAAAGACCCUCAGGACCAAGUCAAGGAAAAACUGCUGCCAGGGGAGAAAGGCAACAUGGGAGUGUAACUGCUGAUAAACCUUGAGCUUUUUAGUCAUGUGGCAAGACAAUAUGAAAUGUCACACAGUGAUUGAAGUGAUGUAUACAUGGAAUCUGAUUUUGGUUGGGUUUAAUAGUCUUGUGGUUUUAUACAGUUUGACUUUCAAUUUUAUUUAAAUCUAUUCACAUUCAUUUGGGGCCUUUUUAGAAUUAUUUUUCAAAAUGAAAUGACUGAGACAUAAUCUUUUAUGGUGUAGUCUACAAGUGAAGGAAAAAAAAAUGUUUUUAUUCAAAGGGAGUUAUAUAUAUUUACUUAGACUGAGGGUGUUAGCAUUAUGGCAAAAUAGAAACUUUUUUUACACCUACAUGGCAUUUUUAUGCCAUUUUUAGCCCUCUACAUGGCAUUUUUAUGCCAUGUAGGUGUUUAUUUUUAUUUUCUUGUUUUUAGGGCGGCCUCUGGCUAAAAACAUGCCUGCAUCCUCAAUUAUGAACAAAGGCUACAGGAAAUGAAAUAACCUGUAGUUUAUAGAGGGUACAACAGGCAAGGUAAUCAAAAACCUUGUUUUAGUAGGACUGACAUACGCUUUUUAUCUCCAAAUAAAACCAGCCCUCUGCAUUUCAAACUGUCACACUCAUACAUGAAAUAACCUGUAGUUUAUAGAGGGUACAACAGGCAAGGUAAUCAAAAACCUUGUUUCAGUAGGACUGACAUACGCUUUUUAUCUCCAAAUAAAACCAACCCUCUGCAUUUCAAACUGUUGCACUCGUACAUAUGUACAUUAUUUGCUACAGCAUAUUAUGUUUUUGAGGAGUGCUGAGUCAGUAUUUAAAUAGUCGACAGACAAGCUGAUGAUACACAGAGCAACUUUUAGAGCAAUCGUGCAGGGCAACGUUGCCGUCAAUGAUAAUGAGUAAAGAUUACUACCGUAAUCCCCUUCCCCCACCACCCCGCCACCCGCCCCACACCACCCCUAUCCGUUCAAAACAUAUUCGGACUUGCCACUAGCAAGAUUGCCCAGCAACAUUGCUCACAAAGUUUACAUAUCACUGCAGUGCACAAUUGCACCAUAACUGAGUUACUAACAAGUAUUUGUUUGCACUUGUCAUUCACUCUUAGCUUAUAGUAUCCAUGUGGCAAGACAAUAUGAAAUGUCACAUUUAGUCAUCAUUUAGACUGAUUAGUGAUUGAAGUGAUGUAUACAUGGAAUCUGAUUUUGGUUGGGUUUAAUAGUCUUGUGGUUUUAUACAGUUUGACUUUCAGUUUUAUUUAAAUCUAUUUACAUUCAUUUGGGGCCUUUUUAGAAUUAUUUUUCAAAUGAAAUGACAGGCAUAAUAAUCUUUUAUGGUCUAGUCUACAAGUGAAGGAAAAAAUAAUGUUUUUAUUCAAAGGGAGUUAUAUAUAUUUACUUAGACUGAGGGUGUUAGCAUUAUGGCAAAAUAGAAACUUUUUUACACCUACAUGGCAUUUUUAUGAAUGUAUGUUACUCUCUUGUUGAUAUUUUUAGGGCGGCCUCUGGCUUAGAACAUGCCUGCGUCCUCAAUUAUGAACAAAGGCCACAGGAAAUGAAAUAACCUGUAGUUUAUAGAUGGUACAACAGGCAAGGUAAUCAAAAACCUUGUGAGGGACUGACAUACGCCUUUUAUCUCCAAAUAAAACCAACCCUCUGCAUUUCAA